CCGAGAGCAAUAACGCCCGUGCGUUCUCUGCGUUACGCUGCAGUCUGAGGCGCAGCUCGACUCAGGGGCGAGAGGAGCGGAGCUGGGCCGCCGAACAAGUCGAGUCUGGAUCCGGGCGAUGGGAGCCGCGGAGGUCUUUUUUUGGACUCCGACAUCCUUUUUUCACUGCGUCUCCCACAUCGAGCUUCCUCUCCGGGCUUCUUCUUCGCAGCAGGACAACUGCGGCUCUCUCCAACUAUGGAUUGCCUAAUUGAAGUUGGGCCACCUGAUCCUGUUUGCGCCAGCUGGGCAUCCCCGUGAUAUUAGCGGAACAAGAGAAGUCGUUAUUAUGAGCCGUUGUGCAAGCGGAGGAUUUCCUGCACAGAGAGGCACAAUUUCAUCCUCAGGACACAACAUUUUUAUCUGUGCGUAACGGACGUAAGACGCAGCGGAUCCGUUUGCAGCCGAGAGAAAUAAGAGGCGCAAUGUUCUAGCAGUCACGGAGGAACUCUUUAGUUGAUGUAGAGAGUUUGUUUGUGAUCGUUUUUAAUUAUUUUGUCGUUGUACGCGCAGGGCGAUUGCGCACAACAGGUUUUCUUUUUUUUUAAGCAGCCGCAGGACCUGGAACUGCGGACACUGUGAAGCCUUUGAACUUUUCUCCGCAAAAUAUCUUUGCAAAGCUGCCUCGAUGGCUUUGCCGGAUAGUGGCAUAUCUGGGGAGGAGUUUCCUUUCCCAGAAAUAAUAGAGCUCAAUGUCGGCGGCCAGGUGUACAUAACGCGUUACUCUACCCUCACCAGCGUGCCAGACUCUCUGCUGUGGGAGAUGUUCAGCCAGAAAUCAGCCAAAGGGCUGGCCAGGGACACCAAGGGGCGUUUCUUCGUCGACCGAGAUGGUUUUCUGUUCCGCUACAUCCUGGACUACAUGCGGGACCAGCAACUGGUCCUCCCGGACCACUUCCCCGAGCGCGGCCGUCUGCAGAGGGAGGCUGAGUUUUUCAACCUGCCGGAGCUCGUCAAGCUGCUGGCGCCCAAGAUCAGCAAGCAGAACUCGCUGGGGGACGAGGGGUGUCCGAGCGACCCGGAGGACUCCUCGCCCGGCUUCGACUCGGCGCGCAGCCUGGGCUCGCUGGGGGCGGCGGCGGCCGCCUGCGCCAGCCUGGUGCCCGGCCCCGCGGACGGCAAGCGCUCCGGGUUCAUCACCAUCGGCUACCGGGGCUCGUACACUCUUGGCCGCGACAGCCACACCGACGCCAAGUUCCGGCGGGUGGCGCGCAUCAUGGUGUGCGGGAAGACCUCCCUGGCCAAGGAGGUGUUCGGGGAGACCCUGAACGAGAGCCGCGACCCGGACCGCCCCCCCGAGCGCUACACCUCGCGCUACUACCUGAAGUUCACCUUUCUGGAGCAGGCCUUUGACAAGCUGGCGGACGCAGGCUUUCACAUGGUGGCCUGCAACUCCACAGGAACCUGCGCCUUUGCCCACGAGCAGACGGACGACAAGAUCUGGACCAGCUACACUGAAUAUGUGUUCUACCGCAGCUCACCUGCCAUUUCUGAGCCCGUCACCUCAGACCCACCAGCUCCUGAUGAAGUGAUUACGUCUGAACCUGCUGCCCCCCAUCAUGAAUUAAUCCCCGUGGACCUCGGCAGCACCGGGAGAACCAAAAGCCUCCCAGAAACCAGCUGCAGCUCCAUGCUGGACCUUCAUAAACCAAUCCCUCCUCCUCUAACCCCUCCUCCUCCACCUCUUCCUCUUGUUGCAGACAUUCCCGACCUUCCACUUCCAUCGCCCCCUGUCCUUCCUCCCCCUCCCCUUUCUACCAAAUCUGCUUCUAUCUCCAGUCCUCCUCCUCCCCUUUCUACCAAAUCUGCUUCUACCUCCAGUCCUCCUCCUCCUCCCCUUUCUACCAAAUCUGCUUCUACCUCCAGUCCUCCUCCUCCUCCUCUUUCUACCAAAUCUGCUUCUACCUCCAGUCCUCCUCCUCCUCCUCCCCUUUCUACCAAAUCUGCUUCUACCUCCAGUCCUUCUCCCCCUCCAUUUUCCACCAAAUCCGCGUCGACCUUCCAACCUCCUCCUCCUCCACCCCUCGGCGACAGCCCCCAGCGCCCCACCACCCUCAACAUAAAGACACUUCCACGGUCCACCGCCAGGGAGAACGGCGGCCCUCCGCAUCGGGCGGAUGACGACGAGGACGAGAGGAAGAUGCUGGAAGAGGAUCUAAAGAAAUGCAUCGAGGACUUCAAAAGGAUCCGCUUGCCCACGGUGUUUCCAGACCGCAAGAGGCACUGGCAGAAUGACCUGCUCAAGAAGUACAAUGCGUAAAGUGCUUCUCUGUGGUACUACUCGGAAUAAAACCCCAUGAGAACUUUCAAAAACCAUGCUGUGAUUGGUGAAGAGAAGCUCAGGCUUAGGUUAAUGUGAAAAAGUGUUUGCGUUUUCCCUGUUUUGGCUUUUUUUGUUGACACACUUAAAUGUUUCAGUUCGUCAAACAAACUUUAACAUUAGACAGAGAUAACCCGAGUAAAUGCAAAAGUAAAAAAUGAUCUCAUUCAAUAACAGAAAGAAGAUAUCCAAACCAGCUAGGCCUGAUGUAAAAACGUAAUUACCCGCUAAACCUAAUAAUUAGCUGUGACACACUUGGCAUCAACAGCUGCCGUUAAGUGUUUAGUAACCGGCAGUGAGUCUUUUACAUUGUUGUGGCUUCAAUUUGCAGAAUUGUCCUAGAUCAGCCAAAAUUGAAGGUUUUAUAUGCUGAAUAUUUUUCCUUAAACUUUUGGGACCAUGACAAUGUUUCCUGGCAAAUCUGAAUUCUUUCUGCUCAGCAAUACCGUAUUUUUCGUACCAUAAGGCGGACUGUGAAUUU